GAUUAAUCGAUGGAAUAUUCGAAUAUAUAUAUAUAUUCAAAAGAUUGGGGCUUGUGCAACUAAAAUGAGGGUAAAGGUGAGGAAAGUCUGUAUGUACGGUACUAAGAUGGAAGGAUGAGAGUUGAGGAACAUAAAGGAAGAAGGAGGAGAAGGAGGAGGAGGAGGAUGCAGAGGAGAGAUGGCCUCCAGCCAAGGGCUCUGCAGUAAAGUUACAUAACAGCAGUUUGCCUGCAGAAACCCGCUUCGUUAGUUUCAUUCAGCUGUGAGACGAUGGGUUUGUUUUCAGAUGCCACAGCAGGGAACUUUUUCUACAGCAGAUGUGAGUUUUCUACGGCUGACGCAGACGCUCGUCACUGGGCAGCAUUCAAAGUCAAUUUGACUUCGGUGUUUUGUGCAGGUGGGUGCAAAAAUAAAAAACAAGAACCCAGAACCAACAAGUGUAAUACAGUUAAAACACACAGCGACAGGCUCGAAACAAAGCAGUUUGUGCAAUCUGCUACACCAGUACUGAGCCUCCUGAGGCCAUGACCACCUCCACUGCACCUCAUACAUCACUGUCUGUGUCCGUGUACGUGUGUGCUUUUCAUAAUUGGCUGGAUUUGCAGACAAAGCAGUACGGCUGUGACAUUGAGACCAGAGGUUGCUCUCUGUGUAGGGAAGACGAGAAAUGCAUAUUUCAUACGUUCAUUCAGCCCGUCGCCUUCCAUUGAGGGUUAAACGCCUUUUUAAUUUUUAAUUUUUAAGGUGUUUUGAGGGCGAGUUCACUGGACGGUGACAGGGACUUUUGUGGUGAGAGGAGGAGGCUUCGAUCUGACAGAAAAUGAUCCGCAAACUCAUUUAAAAAAUGUGCAUGUUCAGGAUAUAAUACCCCCGUUUAUUUAUAUAUAUAUAUAACCAGCCUUUUCUCCUCUUUUUCUGUCAGUCUCUCUGUCUACACCUUCCUCCCCACCAUCCAUAUGCAACGAGAAGAUCAUUAAAUAUCUAUGACCAGUCAUACAUGUUCACUGUUGUGUGUGUAUAAGCUGAGGAUUAGGAUUCGCUCAAAAUAAUGGCAUUUUCGUGUUAAAAAUCCAAGGUUUUUUAAUUCAUUACGUCUUUUUAAAAUCUCAGUGCUUUGCCACAGAGCAGGAUUUGUAGUAUCUUGAUGUAAAAUAUCUCAAAUCAACACACGCAGCUUGAAGCUUUUAAUCUCUCGCAGAGUAACGGGAUUAAAAUGCAGUCCCACGGCUUGUUUGUCGACAGUCAAAGAGGGUAAACAUCCCUUAAACUUAUUUUAAAAAAGGCUCUUUUUAAGUGAAAAUGUAGCCUUAAAGUAUUCUGAUAUGUUAUUACAUCUUUAGGAAACAAAGAGGCACAGGAAGUGUGAACGCAUGAAUGAAAUUAUAGCUCGUUUUGUGAGCUCAUUCUUCCUUCCCUCUCUUUCUCUUUCUCUCCCGGGACAAUCGAGGUGGCAGAUUUGGUGACGAACAACAAGAAUCUCUGUCUUCUGAUUGGCUCAUUCUCCUCUCAGCGUAACCUGUUAUAUUCAUCCGUUACUGCACCGUAGCUCAGCCUCCCCCCUCCUCUUCUUUCUCUCUCUCUCCCUCUCUCCCCGCCUCCGUCACCUCCCUCCUCCGCUGGUUCUGCCUGGUGAGUGUGUGGAGGAGAAGCGGAUUAACACACACACACACACACACACACACACACACACACGCGCAGACAGACACACACUGAGCCAUGUGGGCUGGAGCGCUCACCUACACGAGACCGAGAGACGGGAAUGCACAUUCUGCCGCAUCAGUCCGGUUUGAGGGAUUUUGGGCAUUUCAAGAUCGUUUUAAGUGAACUUUUUUCCCACAAUUUCAUAUUUUCUUUAUCCCAAGACUGUUUUUUUUAAUGUAUUUAUUGGAGUCUGGCUUUUUGUUUUUGUUUUUUGGAAUUGCACCACGCAGCCAGCAUCAGUAUGCAGAGCUGAUCUGAUUGGCUGAUCUUUGUGGUGCUAAGACGGCAGGAUUGGUCCCGUUUUGGCUCCUCGGUUUGGGUUGUUGUUGUUGUCAGAUGGAGAUUUGAAGUGAUUUGAGACUCUAGUUGUUUUCUACUUAUUGCUUUUUCUAUUGAUUAGCCAGGGCAUUUUUUUAUCGGUUUUAUAUCCAUAGUCUGAUUGAUCUCCAGUGUGAGUUAAAUUCACACCAAAACUACAAUCCCACCAUGCCGAGCAGAGAGUCGUACAUCGUUAAAAGAGGUAAAAAGCAAUCACGCCGGCGAGCUGAGAAGGAGACGGGUCAGAGGUCUUUGUUUACCACGGCUCUCGGUUUAAAUGUCAGCCCCACCUCCCCUGCUUCCACCUUCUGGCAACCAAUCAGAUCUUUUGCCCUUUCGCAGCUCACGUCGCUGGUGCGCCGGGCCACCCUGAGGGAGAGCGACUUGGCGCCCAAGUACGAGAAGGUCCACAACUUCAAGGUUCAUACAUUCAGAGGCCCCCACUGGUGUGAGUACUGUGCCAACUUCAUGUGGGGUCUCAUCGCUCAGGGAGUCAAGUGUGCAGACUGCGGCUUGAACGUCCACAAGCAGUGCUCCAAAGUCGUGCCGAACGACUGCCAGCCAGACCUGCGGCACGUCAAGAAGGUGUACAGCUGCGACCUGACCACGCUGGUCAAAGCCCACAACACCAAGAGACCCAUGGUGGUCGACAUGUGCAUACAGGAACUCGAGGCUAGAGGUCUCCAGUCGGAGGGUUUGUACAGAAUAUCAGGCUUCAGUGAGCUGAUCGAAGAUGUCAAGCUGGCCUUUGACAGAGAUGGAGAGAAGGCUGAUAUCUCCACAAACGCUUACGAGGACAUCAACAUCAUCACUGGAGCCCUCAAACUCUACUUCAGAGAGCUGCCUAUACCGCUCAUCACAUAUGAUGCCCACCCACGCUUCAUAGACGCUGCAAAGAUUUCAGACCCAGAAAAACGUCUGGAGGCUCUCCAUGAGGCCUUGAAGCUGCUGCCGCCAGCUCACUGCGAGACGCUGCGAUACCUCAUGGCUCACCUCAAGAGAGUGACCCAGCACGAGAAGGAUAACCUCAUGUCAAGCGAGAACCUGGGAAUCGUCUUCGGCCCGACGCUGAUGAGGGCCCCCGAGCUGGACGCCAUGACGGCGCUCAACGACAUCCGAUACCAGAGACUUGUGGUGGAAACGCUCAUCACCAACGAAGACGUGUUGUUCUGAGAGGAGAGGUAGAGGAAGGACACACAGGUUGGGAAGGAGCUCGUACGCUUUGUCCUCCGCCUCUGAAAAGACGGACAGAAAAAGUGACUUUUUACAAGAAAAUGAAGGAAAAAAAACAUGCAAGAUACCUGAAACAUGCGUCUUGCUAGAGAGGUCAAAAAGUACCAUACCUGUUUUUUUUGUUUGUUUUUUAGGAGCGGAUGGAAGGAGCGAUGAAGGGAAACGACUAUUUGCAAAGAAGGAAGGAUGAAGUGUUUCCCCCACAUUUUAAAUGCAAAACUCAGUCAAAAGAUAACAUUUUUUCAUUUGUUAUAACUACAAAAACUAAUAUACUGGAACACUUAAUAUUUGGAAGGACAAUUUCCAGCCUUAUUUGAUAUAAAUAAACAAUUAUUAUCUCUUUUGAUGAUUGUUCUGUAUCAUAAGGAGAAAAUAAUAGCAGUGUUGCAGCAGCACUACUUUCUCUGUGUCGGGGAAACACUGAUCCAUGUGUAUGUUAAUAUCUUCUCUUUCUUAAAUGGAUGCCUUGACAGUUUUAAUAAGACUUAUUUUAGGUCUGACUGGAUUCAAAUUAAAAUCAGUUUUCAGUGUGAAAUGCAACAAAGCUGCUUUCUAAUCAGUGUAGUGACUAAAGUUUUGCUUCAAGGCUCUGCGUCGAGGUGUCCCUUGAAUCCUCCUUGGGAGAAGAAGAAGAAGCACUGACUUCAGUAGACAGCUGGAUGAAUGAAUGAAUGGAAAAAGUGAAUCACUCAUUCCUCCGAAGGGAACUUAAGUGACUUGGACCUAUUGUGUUUUCAUUCCUCCUCUUUUUUUAAAACUCUUUACUUCACAGCUCCCUCUUCUGUUCCUCUGGCUGAAAAUGUAAUUAUACAGUGACCUUAACACUAACAACUAAGUAGUCACUAACAUAGAAAUAAUCCCUUUUUUCAUGUCGUGUUUUAAGCUUUUGUUUAAAGAAGUAUUUUUCUAGUCGUGUUGCUGUAUGAUUACAUCCAAUAAUGGAACCAAAUGAGCUGUAAAUUAAACGGUUUAAACACUUUUUCCUCACUGUUUUUGAACCAAUCGUGUGUUCUCUCACUUCGCCUCUGAGGGUGAAAACCUGCAGAGGAAGCGUUUCAGAUCUGAUUUAGACGUCUUCAGACGGUGGAGAGAGGAACACAUCAUAAGUGACUUGAAAGAUAAACAUGUGAAGCGUUGUUUUGUCAUUUGUAUGAAGCGGUAUUGUAAUUAACAAGCAGAUGCUAAAAAUACUAAUUGAAGCUCUUGAUCGCGUGCCCGAAUGCAAUCCCAGCAGAGUGAAACACACAAAUCAUUUUAUUGGCCCGAGCGGGAAUAAUGCAGACACUCAAAGCGUCAAAUAACACCUUGUUUGAAUUUUGACAUCCUGUCGCUACCCAAAAAUAAAAGCAGAGGCGCUCAACACAACAAUAACUCGUAAUGUUAAUCACUCUGUGUCAGUGAUUGUAAUUAAAGCGGUAGCUGUCGGCAUUGUCGGUUUAAAAAGAAACUGUGAAAUCGUGAGAAAUAAUAUAGCUCACGCACGAGUAAAGCCGUUUUUAUUUAAUUAUUCGACUGUUUUUUUUCCUUGAAAAGUGUUGGGUUGGGGUAGAAACGGAUGCAUUAGCCCCCUCUUUGUUCAUUUCUGCCCCCACUUCUGUCGGGGGUCACUGAUUACCUUUUGCAAAGCAGCAAAGACACAGUUGUAGAAAAAAAAUGAAGCGCACCCCCGCUCCUCGCUGCGUUGGGUGUAACAUGAACGUAACAUUUUUCUAAACAUAUGUUUUUCAUGUGUUUAUUUGAACUGUUUUGUUGACGACAUGUUGUUUAUUCCUCUCUGUUGAUCUAACCGUGUACUAACUACCACUUGCGAGGCUUCAGUGAUCUGUGAUUCUUGCUUUCUUAUCAUAAAAUGUUGUUUUUUUUUUUAAACGUCAUUGCUGUAAAGUAUUUUCUAUAUGGUUUAUGCAUGGUGAAAUUAAAUUAUUAAAUAUGCCUCUCAGUUUAA